ACACCAUCAAACAUCAGAAGGACAAGGACACAGGGAGUGGUGCGAACGGCCGAACAUUAAAAGCACCAUAAAGAAACAGAAAAGACGAUCGUCUAAGAACUGAAAGAAAGGACUCAUGAUGCGACUUACAAGGCUGCUCAUUGCCUGCAUUCUAACUGAACUGACUCUUUCAGUACAAGCUUUGGUGAGUGUCAUCAACGUUACAGCCGAGUGCGACAAGCAGGUUGCAAUGAGCUGCAACGUGUCAACAUCGAGGGACGGGCUGUCAGUCAAACAUAUGGAAUGGUCCCAAAACCACAAGCCUUUGUGUCAAUUGGACAGCGGGGGGAAAUUGAGCCACCACAGAAACAUAAAAAGUGACUUCCGCUGCAAGUAUGAAAAAGGUCAGCUGUCACUCAUCUUUGCAAAAGUGCAGCCGGAGGACAGCGGCGGUUCAAACCGCUACAUGUGCAAACUCCACUCCAACAGGGGCAUUUCGCAUGCAUACAGCUGGAUAGAGCUGCAAGAGUGCUGUGGGGCAGUCAAGGGUGGUCUGUCCACCAACGGUCCGGUCUGCACGUUCAGCAACGUCUACCCCGAUGCGGAUGUUUUCUGGUCUUCCCAAAGUGAAUCACCUGUGAAGCAAAGUACAUUUAAAAGUAUUGAGGCAGGAGGCUGGUUGACCAUCCGCAGUCAGCUGGAAUGGACUUCAAAUGGGCCGUUCAACUGUUCCCUGAGGAGCAUUAAAUCCGGAAGACACAUUGAAUGCAAUGUGUCAGAGAAUGCUGAAUUCAUAUACGGGUACGGACAGAGACCUCAGGGAUUCACACGCAUGGUCGGGAAUGGAGCAGGAUCACUUGAACAUUUAAGGACAAUUGUGUUCAUAUCAAUCAUACUGCUGUCAUGCAAAAAUGUUUUUUCCUAAGUAAUUGCACUUCCACUUUCUGGCGAGUGUAAAGCUAUUUCUGAGGUACAGGAUUUUUGUAAUAAAGAGCCAAGGAGCAUU